UGUAAGAUCCCAGGGAAGGUGCUGAGACUUUGGCUCGGCCGAUCCCUGGUCUCCGGAUCCCUGCCGGGAUUCCCUGAGCCGCAUCCCUCUUGCCUCCACGCGCACUCGCCGGGCCUCCAAGCCCGCUGCCCUCUCUGUCCUGGCCCCUCCGCCUACUCACCCGUCCCAUUCCCUGCAAUUUUCCCCAACCCGCUCGGGGAAGACUUGCUGAGGGUCGCUCCGGUUUCUUGUCGACCGCAGAACCCGAAAGUUUGCGAGCGGAAGAGAGCGCGCGGCGAGCGAGCGGGCGAGGGGCAGCAGCAGCGGCGCCGGGGACCAUGGUGCUGCCGGCGCCUCCUCCGCAGGCGUGAAGGCGGCGCUCCCACUCCCUCCCCGGACUCCUCCGUGUCCCAGGAGCUUUGGCUGACAAUUCCAGUUUGCAAACGCAACGUUUUGGCAAUGGUGAGGGCUUCGAUCCUGUCUCUGAUUUGCUGUCAACCAUGAACACAUGGGUGUGAUGCCUGCUUGCUGAAAGGAAACCUGGUCAAGUAUCGCUAAGAAAACCUGCGCUUUGGCCCCGUGAUUCUUGGGAGACAAGUUAACAGUAUCUAGAAGUAACAACCAAGUCCUGUUUCCAAAAGAAUUACCCCACACGUCGGGAGUCCCAUCGUUGACCUCCUCCUUUAAGUACCCCUGUGUGUGUUGCAGUCCUGUGGCAUUAUGCAUGCCCCCUACCAGUGACCCCAGGCUUUUUAUGGCUGUGAGACACAUUAAAAGUUCAGGGGUAAGAAGUGACCUUCUGAGGUGACUAUAACCGAAGAUUGCUUUACAGAAGCCAAAAAAGGUUUUUGAGUCAUGAUGCAAGAAUCUGGGACUGAGACAAAAAGUAACAGUUCAGCCAUCCAGAAUGGGUCGAGCGGCGGCAACCACUUGUUAGAGUGUGGCGGUCUCCGGGAGGGGCGCUCCAACGGAGAGACGCCGGCGGUGGACAUCGGGCCGGCUGACCUCGCCCACGUCCAGCAGCAGCAGCAGCAGGCACUGCAGGUGGCAAGACAGCUCCUUCUGCAGCAGCAGCAGCAGCAGCAAGUUAGUGGCUUAAAAUCUCCCAAGAGGAAUGACAAGCAACCAGCUCUUCAGGUUCCCGUGUCAGUGGCUAUGAUGACACCUCAAGUGAUCACUCCCCAGCAAAUGCAGCAGAUCCUCCAGCAACAGGUGCUGAGUCCUCAGCAGCUUCAGGUUCUUCUCCAGCAGCAGCAGGCCCUCAUGCUUCAACAGCAGCAGCUUCAAGAGUUUUACAAAAAACAACAGGAACAGUUGCAGCUCCAACUUUUACAACAGCAACAUGCUGGAAAACAGCCGAAAGAGCAACAGCAGGUGGCUACCCAGCAGUUGGCUUUCCAACAGCAGCUUUUACAGAUGCAGCAGUUACAGCAGCAGCACCUCCUGUCUCUGCAGCGCCAAGGCCUUCUAACAAUUCAGCCCGGGCAACCUGCCCUUCCCCUUCAACCUCUCGCUCAAGGCAUGAUUCCAGCAGAACUGCAGCAGCUCUGGAAAGAAGUGACAAGUGCACACACUGCAGAGGAGACCACGGGCAACAAUCACAGCAGUUUGGAUCUGACCACGACAUGCGUCUCCUCUUCCGCUCCCUCCAAGACCUCCUUAAUCAUGAACCCACACGCCUCUACCAAUGGACAGCUCUCAGUCCACACUCCCAAGAGGGAAAGUUUGCCUCACGAGGAGCACCCCCAUAGCCACCCUCUUUAUGGACACGGUGUAUGCAAGUGGCCCGGCUGCGAAGCAGUAUGCGAAGAUUUCCAAUCAUUUCUAAAACAUCUCAACAGUGAGCAUGCGCUGGACGAUAGAAGUACAGCUCAAUGUAGAGUACAAAUGCAGGUUGUACAGCAGUUAGAGCUACAGCUUGCAAAAGACAAAGAGCGCCUGCAAGCCAUGAUGACCCAUCUGCAUGUGAAGUCUACCGAACCCAAAGCCGCCCCUCAGCCCCUGAAUCUGGUAUCAAGUGUCACACUCUCCAAGUCCACAUCGGAGGCUUCUCCGCAGAGCUUACCUCAUACUCCGACGACCCCCACCGCCCCCCUGACGCCCGUCACCCAAGGCCCUUCCGUCAUCACCACCACCAGCAUGCACACGGUGGGACCCAUCCGCAGGCGGUACUCAGACAAGUACAACGUGCCCAUUUCUUCAGCAGAUAUUGCGCAGAACCAAGAAUUUUAUAAGAACGCAGAAGUUAGACCACCAUUUACAUAUGCAUCUUUAAUUAGGCAGGCCAUUCUCGAAUCUCCAGAAAAGCAGCUAACACUAAACGAAAUCUAUAACUGGUUCACACGAAUGUUCGCUUACUUCCGACGCAAUGCCGCCACGUGGAAGGGUGCCAUUCGCACCAACCUCUCACUGCAUAAGUGCUUUAUCAGAGUAGAGGAUGAGUUUGGGUCCUUUUGGACAGUUGAUGAUGAAGAGUUCAAACGUGGCCGCCAUAUUCAACGAGGCCGUCCUCGCAAAUACUGCCCCGAUGAAAACUUUGACGAGCUUGGCGCACAUAACCCUUCCCUCAUUAAGAACAUGCAGAGCAGCCACGCCUACUGCACACCUCUCAAUGCCGCUUUACAGGCUUCGAUGGCUGAGAACAGUAUACCUCUAUACACUACUGCUUCCAUGGGAAACCCCACUCUGGGCAACUUGGCCAGCGCCAUCCGGGAAGAGCUGAACGGGGCAAUGGAGCAUACCAACAGCAACGAGAGCGACAGCAGUCCGGGCAGAUCCCCUAUGCAAGCUGUGCACCCUGUCCACGUCAAAGAAGAGCCCCUGGAUCCAGAGGAAGCCGAAGGGCCUCUGUCCUUAGUGACAACAGCCAACCACAGUCCAGAUUUUGACCAUGACAGAGAUUACGAAGACGAACCAGUAAAUGAGGACAUGGAGUGAACGGCUGGGUGGGCUGACCCGAAGAACGAAGAUUGGAAAAAGAAAACAACAGCAAACACACACACACACACACACGCACACACACGCAAACAAACCACGUCAGAAGUUAGCAGUGAAAUUGUUCUCCAUUUGUUGUACAGUCUGGAGGAUUUUCACUACGUUUUGACAACUCUGAAAUGUGUUAACUCUUAGUGCCAUCAAGAAUCCCAUUUGGGAGUAUUUUUGAUUUUUCUACUUUUUGUUGAAAAAAGGAAUUUGUACUCUGUGCAUUGGACGGACUUGUUUGGUACUUGGGAUUUUCCUCUCUUAACAGUCAACAUCAGUGUUGUACAUUUGCUAAACUGAUUCACUUUUAGCAGCAGACUUUGAAUGCAAUCCUGCCAACGCUGGACACUGAGGACACCCGACUGAGCUCACGCACCUAAGCUGCAGACCAAGCCUUUGCCCAGAAUUUAAGGAUUCCAAUGGACGACCUAUUUGCACAGUACUGCAUGUUGAUUAUCACUGCCUUUACUCCUUUUUUUUUUUUUUUUUUUUUUUUGCUUCCAGUUGGGAUGGGGAAGGCCUUUGUGUGUGUAUUGGGGGGAGGGGUUAAAAAAUAAUUAUCCCAAACUUUUUAAUGUAUUGCUUUUUUUUUUUUUUUUUUUUUUUUUUGGUUUUACUAUACCAUUUUAAGUUCUGACCUCAGGCCUCCACUUGGGCCCAUGGCCUCCUGGAGGCUUAAAAGUUUUCUGUACCUUGUGAUGAAUGUUAAUAGGUGUUUUUAUUAUACACAGCUGAAUGUCAUUUCUCGUUUGUAGUUUUCUGUCACUCAUUCCAUUUUCCUUCAGACAUCACCACGUUUCUCUAAACUCAGAAAACAUUCCUUUUGGUCUUUUUCAAAAAAAGGUCCCAAAUGCUGCACUGUACACAUGAAGGUCCUCUCACACAGACGUGACGUCCUGCCCGAAAGAGAAUGAAUGACAGAAACUCGAACUAGAGACACACACGAGGAACACCUGUAGAUUCAUUCCAUGAAGCAGUAUUGGGGGUGGGAAGGGGGUUGUGUCAGAUUUUCCUCUUUUUUGGUUUUGGGCAGCAACUAUCAUUCUUCAGUGCCACAGCAUCGUACCAGCACGAAGAAGCUAGGCAGCACCGGAAAGAAAAAAAAAUAGUGAUCAGAUUGACAUCAAGGCCGUAGGAGCGGCGGGCUCUCUCUUGUGGUGGGUUGCUUUGUUUGCAAAAUGACCAAAAAAGCCAGCUCCUCGGAGCAACUUGGCGGUGUGGGCAGGAGUUUCUACCGCAGCUCAGACCUGCGGGUGGCACGAAUCUGAGAACAGAUUCCGUUUCUGAUUGAACUUGUUCUGGGAGUUCCUGAGGACGGAGUUCAGCACCUGCUCAAGUGCUCGUUUCACACAAGCAGAUUCGGUACUUGUGCUUCGGUUUGCUACGCCGUGUUACCACACCCACCCAGUAUCAAAAAACUAGCGGAAGACGUCAGUGAGGCUGGGGCUCACCUCGGCCUCGCGCUUUUGGGGAACCAACCAUGGCAUGCAGAACGUGAUGGUGUAGGUCAGUACAACCCCGGUCCUUGGAACCCCGAAACACACUUCCAUUCUGUACCUGACCUCCUGUCAUUUGUUUAUCUAGGACUGUAGCUUUUGUUUUAGUUCGAGAGCCUUUCGGAGCUUAAUUUAUAUUCUUUACACCUUUUUUUUCCCCUAAAAUUACCAAAGAUAUUACACAAAGGUAAAUUAUGUUCUCUGUUUUAUGCUUUAUCUGAUGAAGCCAAAUAUCCUCUUAUUGUUGAUCAAAGGAGGUGAAAGAAUUUAGAGGCGAAUGACAAAAUAGAGGCUAUUGCUAACCUGAGAAAGAGAACUGCUCCUUCAUCAUAAAUUUAGAAGACCAAGUAGGUAAAUGGAACCAAAGUUGUUACUUUUUUUGUAGAUUCUUUUUCUUUUUUCUUUUUUUUUUUUUAUCUGUUUGUACCUCUACAGAGACCAAAACUCAUUCUUGUGUAGAGAAAUUCUGGGGCUACUGAAGAUCACAGUGGGACAGAGUAUUAAAGGAGUUACAGAAAGAAGGGAGUCCCACCUCAACGAAAAAGAAAUGAAUGUAUGCUAGUAGGAAUUCGGGUAUCCAGUAGAGGAGGCAGGGAAGAAAACAUCCCAACAGAAUGGCAGAGCCUCCACAAUUUAACUAGACCACAUAAAACAUAGUAUUUCUAGAUAGGAAAAAAAAAAAAGGUUUUCGAAAGAUGAUAUGCCACUUUUGUGUAAGGACUAUGCUAUUAUCACUGCAUUAAUCUUGCUUUAUCUUGGUAGAUAGCCUCCAUUUCUUUUUGUUUUAAGUUCUUCCCUUUUUCCCUAUGCCCCCCCCUUUUUUUCUUUUCUUUUUUUUUUUUUCUGAUUAGGCUUUGGUCAGCAUUUUUCUUUUGAAGAAAAAGUAACACUCCCGUCCACUCUUAACGCUUGGUACAAACACUUCUUCGGCAGUUACUUUUGAAGCUUCACUCUGCUUUCUGUAUCAAGGGCAGUCUGUGGUCACUCAAGACUUUUUUUAAAACUUUUCCAGGCAGCUUCAUGAUGUACAGGCAGUAGCCAGACAGGGUCAUGGGAAGGGGGCCCUGUGCUUCUAAACUGAGUGGUUGCUGGUUAGUUUGGUAUUCAAAAGAGGAUAAAAAUCUGGUAGAUUAGUUCAUUCUCAGCAUGUGUAGCUAGACAUGAGUAAAGAUAACAGCAUGAGAAACUGUUAGUACGCAUACCUCAGUUCAAACCUUUAGGGAAUGAUUAAAAUAAAAAAAAAAUACAUUUCACUCAGUUGCACUUAGUCGUACGUCUUGCAUGCUUUUUUCAAAGACUGUAGCAAAAAAAAAAAAAAAGAAAAAUUAGAUUUUACAUAUCUUUGCAGGUAUCACAGCCUUGCACAAGAACCAACUGAAAAAGAAUUUCUCAGGCUUUACAGCAAGCAAACUUCACUAUGAUUUUUACAAUUCUGAUUCUGUAUCCCUUGGGGGUAAUUCCAGUCGCUUCUUUAGGGUGGGGUUUAUUAUGUUGUACAUAUAUCCCAAUGUGUCUGUGUGAAUCUUUGUCUUUUUUGGGGGAGGGCAGAGGGUGGUUGUUUUUUUAGAUAUUGUUCCUAAAAAGGAAUAAAUGCAUACACCUGUUUGUCAAAACACCUUUGCUUUUUUGUGCAACUGCUUUAUAUUAA